CAUCUCUCGUCAGCCAUGGCCAAAAGUAUGCGUUUUUCCAAUUUAAUUGUGCACCAUGUGUUGCCUUGGCUACUGUUGUUGCUACUGAGAAGUAGCAAUGCUUUCUCAGGAAGUGAAGAGCUCGAAACCUAUAUCAUUCACAUGGACCAUUCCCACAAGCCUGCAGCCUUCUUAACCGAUGAAUCAUGGCAUCGCCAAAUUCUGAAGUCAUUAUCUAAUCCUGUUGACAAGAAAGAACGGUUUUUGUACUCGUACAACCAUGUCAUGCAUGGCUUCAGUGCAAGGCUUACACGAUCUCAAAUAUCUGAACUUGAGAAAUCUCCAGCUCAUCUUGCAUCAUAUCAGGAGUCCUUUGGCAAGCUAUUCUCCACAUACAGCCCCAAGUUUCUUGGACUAAAACACAAGCAUGGGUUAUGGCCUGCUGCAUCAUAUGGUGAAGGUGUGAUCAUAGGAAUACUAGAUACAGGAAUUUGGCCAGAGAGUGAAAGUUUCAAUGACAAGGGGAUGCCACCAGUGCCACAGAGAUGGAAAGGCCAGUGUGAGAAUGGCACAGCCUUUAGCCCAUCUAGCUGCAAUAGGAAGCUUAUUGGAGCUCGAUCUUUCAGCAAAGGACUUGCAGCUGCAGGCAGAAAAAUUUCCACAGAGUUUGACUAUGAUUCAGCAAGAGACUUUUUUGGGCAUGGAACCCACACAUCAUCAACUGCUGCAGGUAACUAUGUGCCUGGUGUAAGCCAUUUUGGAUAUGCAAGAGGCACAGCCAGAGGUGUAGCACCACGAGCACAUGUUGCAAUGUACAAAGUCCUCUUUGCAACAGAUUCGCAAGAGAGUGCAGCAAGCGAUGUGCUUGCAGGCAUGGAUCAAGCCAUUGCUGAUGGGGUUGACAUCAUGUCACUGUCUCUCGGCUUUGAUCAGAAACCUUACUUCAAUGAUGUCAUUGCCAUAGCUUCUCUCUCAGCAACCGAGAAAGGAAUUUUUGUUGUAUGUGCAACUGGUAAUGAUGGAGGUCAUAAUACAACACAUAAUGGAGCUCCUUGGAUCACAACAGUAGGAGCUGGUACCCUUGAUCGAAGUUUCACUGCUACUAUGACCCUGGAAAAUGGAUUGACAGUGGAGGGAACAUCAUACUUCCCAGAGAGCAUUUACAUUACUGAUCGUUCUCUGUACUAUGGCAAAGAUAAUGAAAACAAAGCCAUCUGCUACUAUGGUUCUUUGAAUCAAAGUGAGGUUCAUAAAAAGAUAGUCCUCUGUGAUAAUACUACUAAAAUUGACGUUGUGAGACAAAAGGAGGAGCUUGAACGAGUAGGUGCAUAUGCUGGAAUAUUCAUGACAGAUAUGCCACUUUUGGGUCCAGAAGACUACACUAUUCCCUGCAUGGUUCUACCAACUGCAUCUGGGAAUUUGGUUAAAAAGUAUGUCACUGAGGUGACUAAAACAAAGGUAAAAAACAUGAUGUUCAUGUCCACCAAUUUGGGUACCAAACCAGCACCCCAAGUGGCCUAUUUCUCUUCCAGAGGUCCUGACCCAAUUAGUCCAAAUGUUCUAAAACCAGAUAUUCUGGCUCCAGGGGAGGAUGUGCUAGCAGCAAUAGCUCCAAACAAGCCAUACAUUGAAUUGGGAAGAUACAAUCUUGCGACAGAUUACGCACUACUUUCAGGCACAUCAAUGGCAGCACCUCAUGUUGCUGGAGUGGCAGCUUUACUAAAAAAUAUCCAUCCUGAAUGGUGCCCAGCAGCCAUCCGAUCAGCUAUUAUGACCACAGCAUAUAACACAGACAACACUGGUGCCAUUUUGAAAGAUCAGUGGACAGGUCUUCCAGCAACACCUUUAGAUUUUGGAGCUGGGCAUAUCAACCCAAACAAAGCCAUGGAUCCUGGGCUCGUCUAUGACAUGAGUUUUCAAGAUUACAUUGACUUCCUAUGCAGCCUUGGAUACACUAGAAAGCAAAUGAGUGCCAUUACAAGACAAAGUCAAUGGAAUUGCAGCAAAGAACCAAGCAACCUAAAUUACCCAUCCUUUAUUGCCAUAUUUAACAACGAAAGGAACUCUUCAACAUUGAAGAAAUUUAGCAGGGCUGUCACAAAUGUUGGGGGGGAUACUGCGACUUACAAGGCAACUCUACACACCCCUCCAGGAAUGAGAAUCAGAAUAGAGCCUAGUGCCUUGUCUUUCACUAGGAAAUAUCAGAAACAAAAUUUUUCUGUAAGUGUAGAAAUAGAUAAAGAAGCUCCAACAGUGCUUUAUGGUCAUCUCAAAUGGAUUGAUCAGCACAACCAUGUUGUUUCCAGUCCUGUAGUAGCUAUCAAGCUCUAGCUGCCCUCUCA